AUUUGAGAACGCAAGUGCUUUCCUUCCCAGCUCUGGCACAAAUUCCCCAGGUGGCCCAAGGCAGGCACCUUCAUCUCCCAGUGGCUCAGCCUGCCAUCCGUAAAACUGGGUUAGCAUCCCCUCCUCCUUCUUACACCUCUUUUAUCCUUGUUUAUAUUAACUGUAAAUGCAGACGGGCUAGUUUGUGUGCAGGCACAGUGAAAAACAGGGGGCACGACCCAGGCAGCGCCGCUGACAUGGGGAAGGUCUGCAGGGAAGGAUGCGCGCCCCGACGGGCAGGUGCGGGGAAGGCCGGAGGGAUGCGCACACAGGGACGCCUGCAGGGACGGACGCACGCCGGGCGGCCCGGCCGUCUGCCGCCCGCCGCCGCUCCCGUGGCCGCAGCGCCCGGCCCGGCCCCCCGCGGCGGGGGGGGACGGAGGGCGGGACCCCCGGCCGGCAGCGGCGCUGCCCCCGGUCCGGCCCGGCCCCGCCGCGGGGCUGCGGGGCGGGUUCCCCCCGCGCCCGCCUCCGCCCGCCCCCCGUGCGGGGCCUGCAGCGGGCAGCGCGGGGCGCCGCAGCCUGCGGGCGGGCACCGUGCCCGCCGCCGCCCCGGAGGUGGGGGUGCCGCGCGGGGACCGGGCUGCGAUGGAGGAGCCGCCGCCGCCCGCCUGAUCGCCGAGGCUGCCGGCACCGAGACAAAGCGCGGGGCUGCCCGCCGCACCGGCCCGGCCGAGUCAUGGUGGAGCCGCCGGCUGAGCCUCCCUCGCAGCCCUGCCCGGCGCCCGGGGGGGCAGCGGCGGCGGCGGCGGGGGCAGAGGCGGCCCGUCCCGGGGAGCAGUCGCCGCUGCUGCACCUGGACCUGUACAACUUCGACUGCGCGGCGGCGGAGGGCAGCCGGUACGUGCUGACCAGCCCGCGGUCGCUGGAAGCCUGCGCCCGCUGCGCCGUGCGGCCGGUGGAGCUGCUGCCGCGGGCGCUGGGGGAGCUGCUGCGGGAGGCCCCCGGGCGCUCCAUGCGGGUGGCCGCCGGCCUCUACGAGGCCUACGAGCGGGAGCGCCGCCGCAAGCUGCAGCAGUGCCGGGAGGAGCGGGAGAGGAUUAUCCGGGAGGAGAAGAGGCGGAUCCUCGCGCCCCUAGGCAGCCUGCCGCCCUCGCCCGCCGCCCGCCUCGCCCCCCGCGCUGCCGCCGCCGGGGCACCCGGGCCCCUUGGCGGGGGGAAGGCCGGGGCACCCGGGCCCCAUGGCGGGGGGAAGGCCGGGGCACCAGCGGGCACCAAGGCCAAGAGCCACUCCCUGGACUCGCUGCAGAAGCGCCGCGAGGGCAGCUGGGGCAAGACCUCGUCUGAGUCGGGGGCCUCGUCCUCCUACAGCGGGGAGAGCCUGCGGGACGGGGGGGGCAAGGUGGGCGGCCGGGGCCGGGGGGGGGCUGCCGCCGCUGCCGGCUCCCUGCUGGGGCGCAGCUUCAGCCUGGGCGACCUCAGCCACUCGCCCGAGACGGCCCAGCGGGUGGAGAGGAUCGUCAGGGAGGUGAGGAGGAGGAAGGGCCUCUCGGAGGUGCCCAAGAGGGACAAGAAGAUCGCGGCGCUGAUGAUCGCCAAGCACCAGGAGGCCAGCCUCCUGCGGGAGCAGCGGCAGGCGGCCCACCUGCAGUGGGACAGCCAGCGGCGCCUGGCCGAGCAGCGGAAGGAGCAGGAGGAGAAGGAGAAGCAGAGGGCCCUCCUGCAGGGCCAGCGGAUGUGGGAGAGCCAGGUGGAGAAGCGCAGGGGGAGGCUGAGCCAGGAGCAGGAGGAAGCCGCCCUGCUGAAGCAGAGGCAGCGCAUGGUAUGCGAGGAGAGGUGGCGGGAGCAAGCGGAGAAGCAAGAGCGGCUGCGGAGGGAGAGGCUGGAGAGGGCCAUCCGAGAGGACAAGCAGAAGAAGCUCCAUCAAGAGCACAACCUGAAGGCGAAGGAGGAGGGCAAGAAGGAGCACCGGGAGCGAGAGGAGCAGCUCCUGCAAGAGAAGCUGUCCACAGCCGCGCAGAAGAGACUGAAGAAGGAGGUGCAGCUGCAGAAGCAAAAGAAACUGCUCAACCAAGCGGAGAAGCUGAAGCAUGAGGCCUUGCUCAAGGAACUGGCCAAGCAAGAGGCAGAAGAGAAGGAAAUGCUGAAGGCCUCCCUGGAGAUGAGUUUGACGAAGGCUCAGGAGAACUAUGAACAGCUAGUGGAGAAGAGGAACCAGGAGCUGAGGGAGAAGGCCAGGCGGGAGGACAUGCAGAUUCAGAGAGCCAAACUGGCAGCAGAGAAGAAGGAAAGGGAGCAGAAGGAGCACUUGGAGGCCCUGGCUAGAGAGACAGAGAGAAAGCUCCAGCAUGCUGCCCAGGUGGCUGAAGAGGCUGUCCAAGAAAAAGCCCGCAAGGUGGUCCUGAGCCGUCUGGAGAAGGAGAAAGUGCAGAAGAUGAACAAGCAAAAGGUGGAACAGUAUGAGGACUUGCGGCGCAGGGAGAUUCUCCUCUCUAUAGAGAGGAAGCUGGAGAGGAGCGAGCAGAUCUUCAAGGAGAAGACGACUGUGCUAGAAAAUGCCAGGUCUGUCGCUCGGGCGUCUUUCCACGUCCGGGAAAAGGUACGGGAGGAGACGAACAUGCGCACCUUUGACAAGAUGGCCUUGGAAGCAGAACUGCAUGCCCACCUGAAUAAGAAAUGACAGGUCUUGUCGUGGGUGAGUGGUCGCCCAUCAUAAAGCAUCAGAAAGCUCCUCCACGUUAACAUUUAAAAAUCAAGAACAACCAACAACCAUCCUAAUUUUUUAUUUGGGGGGAGCAAGGUACCGCACAAAAAUGUGGCAGCUAUUUCACAUACUGUUUAAAAUACGGUUUUGUUCUGGGCGUGUUUUAAGGACUGACCCCAGUCAUAUUUACAGAGGGGAAGCCAGGUUUUUUUGUCCUCCGCCCCACAAGCACAAGUAUUUUCUCAGAGGUCUGCAGAAGUCUGCUUGAAGCCUGUGAGUUACCAAGUGAUCGUCUACACCAGAGCUGGCUAGAGCUGCACUCUUUUCAGCUGGAAAUGCAGACAACAGAGACUACUGACUGCUAGAGCCUACUGACUAAGAACCAAAACCACCCCAGCUGAUUCUGGCUUGAGUGACAGGCAGUUUGGUUUAAAGUUACAGGGCUGUAUUUUUCAAAGCCACUGCACUUCCAUGCCAAAGGCAAGGAGGGCUGGAGUGCAGAAUGCCAUAUGCCCCUGGGUGCCCCUUACCCACUGCUGGUACCGAGCUAGAGAAAGCACAGAUUGAGACUUAGUAACACCAUGUAAGUAGACAUUAUGAUCAGAGCAGGGCAGAAGCUGUUAGACCUGCUCACAAACACAAUUUUGCUUUUGCUGUUUGCAGCUCUUGCCCCCUCCAGGUUUCCUUGCCUCUACUCCUUUCCAAGUUUCUCUUGCAAAUGUCUGUACAAUUUCUUCUUUUCUUUUGCAGGAGGGGGAGUAGGAGAGAAUUUUGUGGGCAGUCCAUGAACUGAUGGACACCCACACAACCCACUUAUUAAGAUAUAAAUGAAUGAACUUGUGGAAUCUGGCCUUCGUGGCAAAUGUGGAUCAUUUGUAAAUGGAAAUCUGCAAAUACUGCAUAGAGAAAUUGGCACCCUUGGGAAUUCUCAGAACUCAAGGAGACCCUUAACAACCUUAUCCAACUUGGCCUGCUUUGAGCAGGAGGUUGGGCCAGGUGUCCUCCAGAGGUCCCUUCCAACCUAAUGAUUCUAUGAGCUGCAUCAAUGAGAUGCUCACCCAGCUCUUAUCAUUGUCUACUGAGCAGGGCAGCAUUUAUCUUUCCACUGGUGCUAACAGUUGUAUUCUCAUAUAGGGCACAAGAAUGAGUACAUGCACAAAAUAAGGUACAUUACAGAUUCUCUUAGAUGGGGAUCAUGGCUUUUUUUUAUAACUCAAUACCAUUUAGAGGGAACUGAGUCCUUCUGCUGUUAGUGCACUGGAAAUGUGAAAAGCCUACCUACCCCCAUUCAAGUACAGCAUUCAAGUAAGGCACUGUUCUGCUCCAGGUGUCCAUGUUUACUCUCUGCUGGGUUGGAGUUCCAAGCACACACCCAAACCGGCAUUUUCUGUUGGUUUUUUCCGGCUCUGGGCGGCACCAGCUCUUCAUUCAGCCAUAAGUGACUCCAUGCUAGGUUGCUGUGGUGAUGGCAUCAGUCCUGGAACAUGGGGGAGAAGCAGCAAGAACAGCCAGGAUCUUGUUUCCUUGAGGGUGUCCCUGACAUAAAACACAGUAGAAGAGAAAACCAGAAGGAGAUUGACGUGUGGCACAAACAUGCAGUCCUGCGUGCAUGGGAUACUUACCAGAAUUUCCCAGGAGGUGACAGCAGGCCAAAAACCUCUUGGAAAGCUUUAAGGAAGGUGUUACAUGAACAGCAACAACAACAGUCAACCAAGCACAAUCUCGUGCCCUGCAUGGCCAGAGACAUACAAACAGUGUUGAAAAUGAAGCAAGUUGGGAUUUUCUUGGGUUUUGAUGGAACUUGCUCUUCUUUGAAUCAUGGUACAAUUGGUGCUGUUGAGGGCAGGCAGCAUCAAAGUGGGAAUUGGGGCACCUGAGCCGUGUUUGCUCCAUCGUCGGCUGGUUGUGUAAUGCCAGACAAGUCCUUGGGGGCUGGGUUUGCUCCUAUUGAUAUAAAUGGAAGCAGAGUCAGGCUUUUGGGAUUGCUGGGACUUGUAGGAAAUAGUAACACUCAUAUUGGCAAAAACGUCUUCUCCAAAGACUUCGGACAAAUGAUGCUAACAAAGCACAAAGUACUUAUUUAUUAUUUAUUUAGUUAUUAAUUUAUUUAAGUAGUUAUUAAAAUAAAACAUAUCCAUUGGUGAAAAGCACUAAUUACCACCAAUAUCUAAAAAUAUCAGUAGCUGUGGGAAGGACAGCUGUGUUACUGUUUCCAGCUAGGAGUCUGUCCCCUCACCUUCAUCCUCAAAACGGCAAUCGGUUUGAGCUGUGAAACCAGUCCUGUUGUAACACCGGACAAGAUGCUUGCUAAAAAAAGAGUUGUCUUCAUGUGUUUUCCAUACUGCUGAGGUCAAUGUGUGCCCUUGUCGCUGAAAAGACCUGGAAAAGAGAUGUCUGGCAACACUAGAGUUGGGAUAAAACCUGCAGUGACUCCAGUAUAGCCAACACGUCAUCUUGUUUGUAGCCUUUGGGGCUGUAAAGAAAGCCUGCCAGCAGGGAUGUGAGGGCUUUUGCUCCCCACGUCAUUGCACUGUGGUUGAAAUUCACUGCUUGGUCCAUUUCAUUUAGCAGAGGGCAAACAGGAGAGCUGGAAAAUGGAAAGAAAGCAAAAUCCAUUGGGUGAAUGAUCAGACACAGUCUCUAGAACAGCAGUUUUCCCGUAAAGGUCUAUUGCAGUUACCUGAAGGCUUUGUCCAAACCUCCCUCUGAUGGGGCAUUUCCAGGGUAGGCUAAGCAUGUUUUACAGCCCAGGAGACAUGUCUUGGUCACUGACUGUAAUUACACCUAGGGUCCAUCUCCUGCUGCUGACUGAGUUUGACAUUUUGGGGCUACAGCUGAACUAAUCAAAACACUCCUACUUGGUGAUAAUUGGAUUCGCAAAAUACUGUUCCUGUACUGUGCAGUGUGCAGCUCAAGUUUUGAAUGUGAAAUCUAAGAAAAAAAUAUUUUUUUUCAAAAGAC